CAUGAGGGCAAGUCUGAAACAUACAGGAAAUGGGAUUUCUCCUCACUGCCGCCCUCUUGUGUGUGGUGUCUGGCAUUGCAGCUCAGCACAAUGAUCAAGUUGGGAAUCUUGCCCUUCAUGGCCGUGCGACUCAGUCCUCUACCUACUACAAUUACAACAUUGGGUAUUUAGCCCUCGCUGCCAAUUCUAAUGAUGGAAACUUGGAUUCUAACUAUUACCAUGGCUCCUGUUCCAUCACCGGAAACGACGAGUCCCCCUGGUGGCGAGUGGAUUUACUGCAGUCCUAUAAGAUUUCCCAGGUGGUGGUGACCAACAGGGGCGACUGCUGUGGAGAAACUAUUAAUGGGGCCCUUAUUCUCAUUGGUGACUCAUUAGUAAAUAACGGCAAUAACAACCCGAGCUGUGCAGAGAUCACUUACUUGGGGAAUGGUGCGACUCAGGUGUUCAAGUGCAACGGGAUGAUCGGGCACUUUGUCAACAUUGUGAUACCUGGGAAACAGACGUAUCUCCAGUUGUGUGAAGUUCAAGUGUAUGGGGAACCAGUCUCUGCUAAAAAGUGCCCUUAGUAGGGAUCAAUGAAUGGGAUAAUAAAUGUCCUAUGGCAAUGUUUCUUUUUAAACCCUGGCAGCGUCCCACCCUCACCUACAUCAAGUUGCAUAGAAACACUCAAUCAAUAUCAGAUAAUAAUAAUAAGAGCCAUCUCUUGGUGGAAUGGAAAUCCCUAAUGAUUCUGAAUGUGGUGUUUUAGAGUAAGUGUUAGUGAAGUAGGGUUAAAGUUAGGGUUAGUGAAUUAGGGUUAAGGUUAGGGUUAGGGUAAGGGUUAUAAGGAUCAUGGAUCAUACUAAAAAUAGUAAAUAGUGAUGGGCGAAUUUGGGGUGUUUCGCUUCGUUGAUAAAUUUGCUGCAAAAUUCUCCAAACGGCAAAAAAUUUGGCACCGGCAUCUCGUUUUUGUUGCCGGCGUCCGUUUUUGUAUUUUCGCCCAUAACUAAUAAUAAAUGUGGUUGCCCAGUAGUGUCACACUGUAUCAGCCAUACAUACAUAGUUGCUGGUAUAUGUGGGCUCUGUGUUUCGCUAUAUGUACUAAAGCUGCUUUAUAUGUGAUUCUAUGAGCUAUAUAGCUCUUAUAGUGACUGAUGAUGACAUUUGGCUGUUAUGAAUUAUAAUAGAAAUACAGUGUAAUGUCAGGACUGGAGGAGACAGAGCCCAAUCUUGUAAUAAAUCCUUUUUGAGAACCUCAGAAACGUUUUUUGUGUUUUUUUU